AUGAUUUCUGCCAAGAAAACUCCGGAGAAGAGUCGUUAUCCGAUCCACUAUCUGGUGUGGCACAACAAGCACCGACAGCUGGAGAAGGAGCUGGCAGCGAAUGAGCAGACCGACCUGGAGGCUCUGGACCCUCGAGGCCGGACUCCCCUGCACCUGGCCGUCACGCUGGGACACCUGGACUGUGCCAGGGUCCUGCUGCAGCAUGGAGCUGACGUUAGCAAGGAGAACCGCAAUGGAUGGACCGUCCUUCAGGAGGCGGUGAGCACCAGAGAUCCGGAGCUGGUGCGUCUUGUGCUCCGUUACCGUGACUACCAGCGAACUGCCAAGAGACUGGCGGGCAUCCCCGUCCUGCUGGAGAGACUGCGCCAAGCCCAAGACUUCUAUGUGGAGAUGAAAUGGGAGUUUACCAGCUGGGUGCCCCUGGUGUCUCGUAUCUGCCCCAGCGACACCUACAGGGUUUGGAAGAGUGGCCAGUGCCUCCGCGUCGACACCACCCUGAUGGGCUUUGAGCAGAUGACCUGGCAGAGAGGAAACCGGAGCUUCAUCUUCAGGGGGCAAGACUCCAGCGCGGAGGUGAUGGAGGUGGACCACGACAGGCAGCUGGUGUUCUGUGAGACCUUGUGCGUCUCCAGCAACGCCGCCGGGUUGGGUCUUCUGGGGGCGGUGCAACCCAGCGACGAGCAGGUCGCGGCCAGGCUGUCUGCCCCGGUGGUGACCACUCAGCUGGACACCCGCAACAUUGCCUUUGAGAGGAAUAAGACGGGCAUCCUGGGCUGGAGGAGCGAGAAGACGGAGACGGUGAAUGGAUAUGAAGCCAAGGUGUAUGCAGCAUCCAACGUUGAGCUGAUCACCAGGACCAGAACCGACCAUCUGUCCGACCAGAACAAGAACAAGACUAAAGGUGGGAAGACUCCUCUGCAGAACUUCCUCGGGAUCGCAGAGCAGCACAUGGGACCGAACAACGGGGCCCUGGUGACCCAGAUGUCCUCCCCUGCAGUGACAAACCCUGCAGCGCUGACGGCGGAGGAAUACUUCAACCCCGGCUCGUCCCCAACUCAGAGGGACAUCGGCCACCCGUGCCAGCUCACCACCAAGACCCAGAGGUUCAAAGCCAAGCUGUGGUUGUGUGAGUCCCAUCCUCUGUCCCUAUCAGAACAAGUGGUGCCCAUCAUCGACCUCAUGGCCAUCUCCAACGCCCUGUUCGCGAAGCUGCGUGACUUCAUCACUCUGCGGCUGCCGCCCGGCUUCCCUGUCAAGAUCGAAAUCCCCCUCUACCACAUCCUCAACGCCAGGAUCACCUUCAGCAACCUGAACGGCUGCGAGGAGGGAAACGGCGUCCGUGCUGAUGGCGAGGUCGGGGUGGAGGCAGACGGACAGAGGGACACCCCCAGGACGGACACCCCGUCCCCGGGCAGCGACUCCUCCAGCGUCUCCAGCUCCAGCUCCACCAUGUCGUGUCGAGCCGGAGAGAUUCCCCCGUGUGUGUUCGAGCCGCCGCCUGGAUACACCAUGCUGGGAGGCAAACAGAGGGACAGCAUGAGGGAGGAGGAGGAAGACCUGCUGCAGUUUGCCAUCCAGCAGAGUCUGCUGGAGGCCGGCUCCGAAUACGAUCAGGUGACCAUCUGGGAGGCGCUGACCAAUAGCAAGCCGGGAACACACCCCCUGUCCUGCGACCCGAGUCGUCUGGAGAGGUCAGUGCCCAGGACCCCCCAGCACAAGCCUCGCCCCCCCUCCAGCCUCGGCUCCACGCCCUCCAAGAAACCGCCGACCCCCUGCAGCUACAACGAGCAGCUCCGCAUCGCCAUGGAGAUCUCAGCACGGGAGCAGGAGGAGGCGGAACUGCGCCGGCGGCAGGAGGAGGAGGAGCUGCAGCGCAUCAUCCAGCUGUCGCUCAUGGAGAAAUGA